ACAUGCAGGAUCCUUACAUCGUGUCUCCAGAGAGAGUCCAGUAUGGCAGUGAUGUCCACAUGACUUGCUACAUCCUGUCUGUGGCAAAGUACAUUAAGUACAUCUCCUUUACCUGGAGUGAGAAUGGUAAAAGGCUAAUCCAUGGAGGAAGAUAUGAGAUAAGGUCAGGGUCAGGGACGUUUACUAACAGCGUGUACAGGUACUACACCAAUACCCUCACGGUUAGUGACACGAGGACGAGUGAUGAAGGAAAGAGAUACAUGUGUCAGGUUGAAGUGGGAGUUGGAGCAGGGUCAGAUUUCUAUAAUACUGAGGAGUACUUACUUGGAACAAAACUCUCACCUUCGACCACCACAACCGCAGCUGAAGGGGAGGAUGUCACAAUAUUCCCGACCUGGAGCGUGACGGACGUUGUGAUGGGUUUCUGGUCUCCUGGCGGUAGACUCCUUGCCACAAUACAAUCUAUCUCUGUCUACAUCUGGCCAAACAGUCGCUCGAAAGUCACGGUCAGGGGACUUAUUACUUCACCUUACAGAAAGACAGUUAAGUUUGUGAUCUGCAAUGUUACACACGAGGAUGCUGGUCGUUAUGACUUAACUGAAUUCAAACGAAGAGUCAAACAUAGUGCUUACAGUCUUGUUAUAGCCGCUCCUAUGAGUACCAAGGUCGAAACUCCAAUGAGUACCAAGGUCGCAAAUGUUACUGCAGUUGUCCUUUACAUCAUCGCUGGGUGCUCCGCCCUGCUCCUAGUUCUGGCCGUAUUCAUCAUCGCUGCCAUUGUGCUGAUAAGGAUCAAACAACAAGGUCUUCAACAACGUAGCACCCAGGCGCCAGUUACAACAGCUAAUAUCGUUCAAGCUCAACUUUAUGAUGUUACUGGCUGUUCAGCUACUGAACCCACUCAUUUGUAUGCUGAAAACAGUUCAGGGUAUCACACACUUAACUUGAAACGUUUCAAGCGGUUGAAUGAGUUAUAUCCUACAGACACUGUCACCAGAAAGAGGGUAGUACAAUUGGACCAAGACUAUGAACAGGUCACACUCAGGGACAGUCGUCCUGUACUGAACUGUACACUGCCAUGCUCAGAUGAUGAUGAAGAGAGUGAUGAGUGUCCAUCUUUGUGUUACAUGAAUGAUGAUGGACAGCGCCAGAAAGAUCACUCCGGAUAUGCCCAUUGCAUAGUAGUCGAGGGUCACGUAUCUAUGGAAUGAGACAUCUGGAACAUAUUUGAUGGUUGACUCAGGUGGCAGUUAUUCGACAUUGCAUUGAUGCGUAAAAACUUGACGUUUGUUUUCUAUGUGCAAAUAAUAUACUACCAAUACAAUAGCGUUGUUCCGAGACAUAGAGGUUAUAACGCGAGUGUGUUUGGGGAUGGUAAAUAUCCUGCAUUAGGAAUAAACAUUGUAUUAUGCGAGCCUUGGCGAGCUAAAUACAUAGUGUUUAUUCCUAAUACAGGAUAUGUACCAUCCCCAAAAACACAAGCGUGAUAAGCUCUUUAUCAUAUAAUGUCAUUCUUUAAUUCUGUGCUUCAAAAUCGCUUUCCCUCUCUCACAAACAUUACCGAAACAUUGCGAAUUUUCCUGGAAUGCGCGCAUUAAUAUUUAUUACGUCAC